AGAUUUCAAGAAUGGCGAAGGGAGUAUUGGGAAAUAUGAAUACGCAGAAUAAAGGCGUGGUAAAACCUGCAGAAAAGAAGGAACAAACUUUGCAUGUGGUGAAGAUCAAAAGGAUACCUUACGGUCUUUUCGAAAAGCAACUAUGGGAAUACUUUACUCAGUUCGGAAAGGUUAUUCGAGUUCGCGUAGCACGAAGUGUUAAGACGGGGAACCAUAAGGGAUGGGCAUAUGUCGGCUUCGAAGAUAAAGAAGUUGCUGAAAUAGCUGCAGAGACUAUGGACGGUUAUUUGAUGUUUGAGAAAAGGCUCAGCUGUCAUGUAAUGGAUCCAAAAGAUGUUCCAAGAAGUAUGAAAAGUGGAUCUCGAUAUCUCGCUCCCCCUCACUUGAGAGGAAAAGCCAAAAAAGAAGCGCUGUUGAGAAACACUGCGAAACCACAAGAACAAGAGGAGAAAAGCAAGAGCAGACGUGAAGCAAGCCAGAAGAAGCAGUCAAAUAAAUUGAAGCGGUUAGGCAUUGUUUACGACUUUGGAGCGGUACCGAGCAGUGCCAAUAUCGUAAAGCUCAUCGACCAUAAAAACAGUCAAAGAAAAGCCAAAGGAGGACGAAGUAGCUGCCCAGUCAGACACGCCAACUCCUUCUAUCAGACCCAAAAAGAUCAAAUCACACAAAGUCAACGUAAAAAAGGUGGCAUACUUUUCCUCAUGAAGGGCAGCUUGCGAACAUCGAAACUGAAGAAGUCUUCCAAAUGA